CGCCAGCUUCGCGGGGCCGCCGCAGCCGCGCCGCGAUGUCGUCCCGGCCAGGGCGCGACGACGCGGGCGCCCGGGGCGCGCGGCGGCCGCGGGAGCCGCCAGAGCAGGAGCUGCAGCGGCGCCGGGAGCAGAAGCGGCGGCGGCACGACGCGCAGCAGCUGCAGGAGCUCAAGCACCUAGAGUCCUUUUAUGAAAAACCUCCUCCUGGGCUUAUCAAGGAAGAUGAGACUAAGCCAGAAGACUGUAUACCAGAUGUCCCAGGCAAUGAACAUGCCAGGGAGUUUCUGGCCCACGCACCAACUAAAGGACUUUGGAUGCCACUGGGGAAAGAAGUCAAAGUCAUGCAGUGUUGGCGCUGUAAACGAUACGGUCAUCGAACCGGCGACAAAGAAUGCCCCUUUUUUAUCAAAGGCAACCAAAAGCUAGAGCAGUUCAGAGUAGCACAUGAAGAUCCCAUGUAUGACAUCAUACGAGAGAAUAAAAGACAUGAAAAGGAUGUAAGGAUACAACAGUUAAAACAGUUACUGGAGGAUUCAACCUCAGAUGAAGAUGAGAGCAGCUCCAGUUCUUCAGAAUGUAAAGAGAAACACAAGAAAAAGAAGAAGAAAGAAAAGCAUAAGAAGAAGAAGAAAGAAAAAAAGAAGAAGAAAAAACGAAAGCAUAAGUCUUCCAAGUCAAGUGAGAGUUCAGACUCAGAAUGACAAGAAGUUGACUUGUUCAGCAUUCUCUUCUCAAAAAUCAAACACUGUGGCCAAAGAUCAGAGGAAUGUGGGAGAGUCACCAAGAGAGGAGGAGAUUUGGUGUCACAGGUGCGAAUUCUCACCUACCUUCCAGUAAAGGUGUGACCCAGAGGAGAGAGGGUUGUAUCUUGCCAGGUGCUAGCUCUGGGCAGCUGCUGAUUUCAGGCCGGAAAGCUUUUGUCCCUGCUGAUCACUGUGGUUUGUGAUCCCUUAGAAAUGCCUCCGGCAGGGUGUCCAGACUAAGGGAAUCUCUGAGGAAGCUCCUCCAGGUGCUGCCACAGCUUUCACCCUCCUUGGUGGGGCUACUUACUGCCCAUAGACUUCAGGCUUAACUUUCCUCUUGUUGAGGAUAAUAAAAGCUCAUUAUUUUAUUUAUUAAAAAAAUUCAUUUAUUUUUGAAUCAUGAUAAUAUAUUACACUGUCCCAAUUUAAAAGGUAUAUAAGGUUUAAUCAUGGAAAACCUCUUCCCCAGCUACUCAGUUCCCUUUCCCAGUGGCUACCAAUUUUACCACUUUCUUGUGAAAUCCUCUGGAAUUAUUUUAUGUGUCACAAGCAAAUUUUUUUUCUGUCUUAACAGAAAUGCUAGCAAUUUAUACACAUUUGUCUGCAUUGUUUCUUUCAUUUUUUAAUUCAACAGUGUAAAGCAUGUUGGUCUUUGCUGCACACAGAAGUCCUGAUUCAUAAACCCCUGGCAUGUUUGGUGAAGUUUUUUGGAGGGAAGGGAUCUCUUACAAUAAGAAGAAAAAACCAUGUGUUUAACUCCCUUCACACUUACUACCAUUGUCCCAUGAUUAUUAUUAUUCCCCAAAUAAUUGAUUUAGAAAAAUUAUAAAGAUGUAGAGGUUAUGUAGUGGGUCAGCUGCCCACAUCCCAAAUUAAUAUCCCCAUCCUGUUGGCUAAGCGCAGACCACUUGAGAACUUCCGGCUUUGGCAGUGCUGCAGCUGAAGCAGCUCAGCACGUUGGAAUGGUGCCUGCCGCUGGGGGAGGGUGUCUGUUCUUUGCUGAGCUAAAGUGGAGCCAGAUCUUGCUCAAGAAUGUCCUUCCCUCUCCACCAGGGUGUGUUGCUGCUUUCAUCACUCAAGGUCCCAGGAACCCAUUGUUCCCUCUUCCUGCCCUUUUUCCUGGGGGUGGGAUUCCCCCCUUCUUUAAAGGAUAACCGAUGCAGGCCAGGCUGACUCCUCCAGCUCUCUUCAGUAACUACCCCUAGUCUUGGCACUGGAAAGUUUAUCUCAGUAAAAACAAUUGGAUGGAAUGGCCUAAGACUUGUUGUUUCUGAAAACCCUAAGGCCAGUAUCCUUACACUUAUCCUUGGCAUUUCUAGCUCAGCAUGCAGCAGAAAAUUCUCCUUCCAGGAGUUUUCUUUCUUCUGCUGGAAUCCCAUUCAUGAUAAACAUAUUCUGUUACAAAAUGGAAGAAUGAUAUAAAUGAUUCUCAAGCUUAUGGGGCAUCAAAAUCCCCUGCAGUACUUGUUAAAACAGAGCCCUGUGCCCUACUCCUAGUUGCAGAAAUUCUGAUUUGCUAAGUCUGUGAUAGCCUGGGGUAUCUGCAUUUCUAACAAGUUCCUAAAUGAUGCUAAUGGUGUUGGUUGCAGGGCGGUGGGGGUGGGGUCAGAUUUGAAAAACCACUUAUCUAAAUUUUAACCUCUUAGGAAAGCCUUCCUCCACUUUCUGCUUUGACCGGAAUCUCGCCGCCCACUGCAGCCCCUGCAGGUUAAUUCCUGUCUCUUCUCCCUCACUCCAGGUUUCUCUGUCUUCUGUUUCUGGGCCACAUUCUGUGGUCCAUCACUUCAGCCUGUUACCUCCCUUGACCUGCGGUUCUUCUGUCCAGCUUACCCCAAAGAACCUCAAACCAAACUCUUCGUCCUCUGCUUUAAUCCCCAGACUGCUGAGCCCAUAAAGCUGAUCAAUCAAAUUUCUUCCUCCUAAAACCUCUCCCAUCAGACUCACUACUCUCCACUCCUAUUUGGGAAGGCAAAAGAAGCCACCAGACCUUCCUUUACCAAGGUAUCCUAUCAGCCUGUCACCAUGGUUGUGAUAGGCACAGCUGAAAUGGCCUCCAAGGCUUCCUGCCCAAACCUGUAGAACUGUUAUGUUAAGGGAUUUUACUCCCAUGAUGAGGUUGUGUUACAAGGCAGUUUCACCUUUUUAAAGGGUGACUAUUUGGGUGAUCAGAAUUUUAAAACCAGAGGUUUUUUUUCCUAGCGAGUAGCAAAAAGGAAAGUCAGAUUCCAAGCCUGAGAAAGACUUGAUGUGCUGCUGGUGGCCCUGUUUUAAAAUGAAGGGGCCAGAUGGCAAAAAAUAUGGCAGCUUCUAAGAGGUAAAAGCAGUUGCUAUCUGACAGCCAGCAAGGAAGUGGCAUCUCAGUGCUGCACUCACAAGGAACUCAAUUCCACUAACGUUUGCAAUGACUUUGGACAUGUAUUCUUCUCCGGAGCCUUCAGGUCACAGCCUUUGCUUGCCCACACCUUAUUUUGGCAUUGUGACGUGCAAAACAGAGAACCCAGUCUAGUCUAUCCAGAUUUCUGACCUACAGACCUGUGAGAUAAUAAAUGGGUGUUUUUAUUUUUAACUUUUUAGAAAAUCAUAAACUUUUUUACCCCAGUUUUAGGUUCAUGACAGAUAAUUGAGCUGAAAAUACAGAGAUUUCCCAUAUAUGCACUGUGUACCACAGUGGGACACUGAUCACAGUCGUUAUCCCAUGCUGGCACUUCAGUCAGUUGUGACUGCAUCUGCCCGUCUCUCCAGUUGUUGGGUCAGUGGUUUGCCCUGUGACCUCAGUUUUCUCACAGAUGUAAGAUUGAUUAGUUUGUUCAGCUUUUUACUUGUUAGGACAGAGUGAACACAUCUGACCUUUUUACAUGCCAAACCAGAAACCAGAAGUUGAAGAAUAUUGUUUUGAGCCCCUACAUUUGUGAUCAUUAACGACUGCUCACAUGUCUGGAAGAUUCUUGAGGGCAGAGACCAUCUUGUUUCGUGUUGUAUUCUUAACCUAACACAGUGUGUCACGCACAGUGGUGUUCAGUGGGAAUUUAUUAAAAGUGUGGUUAUGUUUUCCAGUUGGAA